GACCAAACUAGCAGCUUCCUCUGACUGAGUCCAGCUGCAGGAGGGAAAAGUGGAAACCUCCAACUCUGCUGCUUCAAGCUGCUCACACUGAAGCUUCACUCAGAGACAAAAUGGCUUCCAGGUCAGAGGAGGAUCUCUGCUGUCCGGUCUGUAAGGACGUCUUUACGGAUCCGGUGGUUCUGUCAUGUAGCCACAGCUUCUGUAGGGAGUGUCUGAAGAACUGGUGGAGAGAGGACCUGAAGCAACAGUGUCCAGUUUGUAAGACCACAUCAUUCACCAAAGAUCCUCCUUCUAACCUGGUUCUGAAGAACCUGUGUGAAUCAUUCCUACAGCAGAGAGACCAGAGAAUCCCAAAGGAUCUCUGCUCUCUGCACUCUGAGAAACUCAAACUCUUCUGUCUGAACCAUCAGCAGCCAGUUUGUCUCGUCUGCAGAGAUUCAGAAAAACACUCCAAGCACAGAUUCAGACCCAUUGAUGAAGCUGCUCAGCAACAGAAGAAGAAACUUCAGGAAACUCUGGAGCCUUUAAAGAAGAAGCUGGAGCUGAAGAAGGAAGUUAAAGAGGAGUUUGAUCAGACAGCAGAACACAUGAAGGUCCAGGCCCGACACACAGAGAGGCAGAUUGUUGAGCAGUUUAAGAAGCUUCAUCAGUUUCUGGCAGAGGAAGAGGAGGCCAGGCUGGCUGCACUGAGGGAGGAAGAGGAGCAGAAGAGAGGGAUGAUGAAGGAGAAGAUGGAGGCUCUGAGCAGAGAGAUAGCAGCUCUUUCAGACACAGUCAGAGCCACAGAGGAGGAGCUGAGAGCUGCAGACGUCUCAUUCCUGCACAACUACAAGGCUGCAGUGGAAAGAGUCCAGCGCUGCCCCCUGCUGGAGGAUCCACAGCUGCCCUCAGGAGCUCUGAUAGACCAGGUCAAACAUCUGGGCAACCUGGCCUUCAACAUCUGGAGCAACAUGAAGGACAUGGUGACCUACACUCCUCUGGUUCUGGACCCAAACACGGCUGGGUCAAGACUCUUCCUGUCUGAUGAUCUGACCAGUGUGACUUCAGGAGAUGAACAGCAGCUUCUUGAUAAUCCAGAGAGGUUUAUGUCACGGUCUGUCCUGAGCUCUGAGGGUUUUAACUCAGGAAACCACAGCUGGGAUGUUGAGGUUGGAGACAAUGAAGACUGGAGACUUGGUGUGUUUGCAGAGUCGGUCCAGAGGAAGGGGAAAAUACAGUCUGGAUGGCUGGCUAUUAGAUUCUGUAAAGGUAAAUAUUCAGCAGAUUCUCCACCAGCAGCUCCUAAAGUUAUCUUAAUGAAAAAGAAACUCCAGAGGAUCAGAGUGAAUCUGGACUGGGAAAGAGGAAAGCUGACGUUCUCCGAUCUGGACACCAACACUCCUGUUCAUACCUUCAAGCGCAACUUCACUGACAAGAUGUUUCCAUACAUCGCUACUGCAGAUAGGGUACAAAUCUUACCGAUGAAGAUCUCAGCUGUGAUGUCCUUAGCAUGAAGAGUGAAACCUUUGUAAUCAGAUUCCAACUCUGUGUUUUUAAACCGGAAAAUGGAUAUAAUCUACUCUCACUGAUCAUCUGGUUGUUUUCAGCUCAGCUUCAGAAUCUGUCCAGAUGCUACAAACUAAACUCGCCUCUUCUUAACCAAACCCAGAUACCCACCAGUAAUCCAGCGAUGCAGUGGAUGAGCACACAGCAUGCAGCUACUCAGCCUCCAGAAAAACCCUGAUUGGAUACCAACACCCCUCCUCUUCACCUGUUUCGCAGGAACAAGAGAAUCAACAAGAUAAAACUGAUGGUUGGAUUCCCUCUGCUUUCAACAGCGCUGUUACUGUGACUGUGACUUAGGAACAAUUCAGCAGAUUAAACCUCGUAAAGCUGAAAUGUUAUUUCAGAUUUACUUUUCUACUUAUGUCAUUUUGCUAAGAGUUUGUGGGGGGUAUUUCUGUGCUUCUGCAGUCAAAGGUUCAUGUGUUGAGUUGUUGUUGGGAUUGGGUCUGUGUUGGGUUCUGGUACCUGUUGUCUUAUCAACACCACAUUUGGACCAAAAUGUUGAUAGCUUGAAUAAAUUCAAAGAUCUGGAGCUGAAGUGAUUUUUUUUUUUUUGCUCUGUUACUUUUAAGAUUACAUGUGAAAUUAUGUGUAUUUUCUUUUAAUAAUUAAAAAGUUAACAAUUGGAAAACA